AUGUGGUGUAUGAAUUAUUUUUUAGCCACUGUGAAGAGAUUUUAUCGAAAAACAAAUAUAUUGUCAAGUGAUGGAAAGUUUGAAAUUACACUUGAUCAAAGAAAACUAAAAACACCACAAGGAAAGAUAUUUCAAGUGAACAGUGAGCCUUUAGCUUUGGCUGUAGCAGCAGAAUGGGAUAUGCAGAAAGAAAUUGUGGACAGAAGCAAUAUGCAUUUGACAGCUUUGUGUAAUACUGUAAUAGAUAAUCCUCACAAUCAUACAAAAGAGAAUAUGGUAAAUUAUAUUGUGAAUUGUUUGGAAAUGGAUACAAUAUUAUUUCAUUCAAAUGAAAAUGAUGAAUUAUAUAAGUUACAAAUGAAAAAUUGGGAUCCACUAAUACAGUGGUUUUGUGAUAAUUAUGCUGUGAAUAUAAUGAAAACUCAAAGUAUACAAGCUCCCACAGUUCCUUCAGAAACUAAAGCAGUAUUGAUAAGACAUUUAAUGUCUUACAAUUAUAAUGCAGUUCAUGGUUUUAUGUAUGGAGUGGAUGCAAUAAAAUCUGUAAUUCUUACUCUAGCUGCAGCAGAGAGAGUAAUUAGUAUAAAAGAAACAGUAAGACAGUCACGUUUAGAGGAAGAUUAUCAAGUUUCUCACUGGGGAUCUGUAGAAUGGUUUCAUGAUCAUAAUAAGUACGAUUUACAAACUCGUUUAGCUGCAGCUAUCUUAUUUGUGCACUUGAACUCUUACUCAGUAUCAUAUCAACCAAAAAAUGAUAAUACAAAUGUCAAGAUAUCAAAAUUAGUGAAAUGA